AACACGUGGGUUUAUGAAUUAGGAUUCAUUGUAAUAAGUGGUAGUAUGUAUGUAUAAUUCACGUGCGGAAAAGGCGUAAGGAUUCUCAAUUUUAACUUUUCUUAGAAUAAGAAUAUUCAAAGAUCCAUUCAGGGAUGAAGCAAGAAGUAAAGAAAUUAAAUUCUGAAAAUGAUACUGCUAUAAAACGUAACAUUGAGGAAGCAACAAAUAGUGGGAAGAAGAAGAAGAAGAAAGUGAAAUGUGAAAUAUCCCAAAAUAAAAAACCUAUAGAUCAAAAUGUAAAGAAACCUGCGAUUAAGAAAGGUUUAGAAAAAAAGAAUUCACAAGCAGCAAAGCAUAAAAUGUCAAAUUCUGCAGAUGGUGGAAAGAAGAAGAAAGUAACAUUUGAGAUUCCCUUAAACAAGAACACUACAGGUCAAAGUGUAAAGAAGCCUCCUGCAAUGAAGAAAGAUUCAAAGAAAAAAGAUUCAAAAGCAGCAAAAUAUAAGAUCACAAGUGAGAAAACAGACUGGCUCAAACUGAAAAAGGAAAAGAAAGAGCUUAAGAAGACACGUAAAGUGAAGAAAUUAAAUGAUGAUAAAUUAUAUAAUUUGAUCCUUCAAGCUAAGCAGAUCAAUGAGAAGUUACGUAGAUCUGAUUGCACUCAAGAAGAUCGUAAAAAGUUGACACAAACUUUACAUAAUCGAUUGGAAGGUCUUUACAGUAAAAUAAUAUUCACACACGACAUGUCGAGAAUAAUUCAAUGUCUGAUCAAGCAUUGCGAAGCUGAUGUUCGGGAAGCUAUAUUUUGUGAGAUAAAAUCGUCCAUUUUAGAAAUGUCACAGGCGAAAUAUGCUAAGAACUGCGUGAGAGCUAUUUUAAAGUAUGGUUCGCAAAAAAUCAGAAACGAAAUUGCGACUACGUUUUACGGCAGUGUCGUCAAGUUAAUGAGUCACACUGUAUCAGCCCCCCUUAUCGAGCUCGUGUAUUCUUCUUGGUGCAAGGAUCACGACAAGAUAUAUUUUAAGCAAGAGUUCUACGGCGACAUGUACAAACAGGCGAAAGACAAGUCUGUUAAAACAUUGUCGGACGUAUUUGAGGCUGCGACGAAUAUGAAACCGGCUACAUUGUCCGCUGUGAAAACAAAUCUAGUUAGAAUCUUAAAUAAAGGUCUCAUUAAUUCGACUCUAUUGCACACAAUCCUGUGGGAAUUUUUCUGUGUGUGUUCGGUAGAGGAUAGGAGCGAGUUGAUCGUUAUGUUGCGUGAUUCGAUUGUAGCACUGGCCCAGACGAAAAUGGGGGCGAAGGUCGCCGUGCAAUGUAUAUGGCAUGGCAAUAACAAAGACAGAAAGAUUAUUCUGAAAGCCUUCAAAGAGAAUGUAAAAUCAGUUAGCACGUCUGAACACGGUUACAUGACAUUUUUGGCACUCUUCGAUUCCAUGGAUGAUACAGUUAUGAUAAAAAAGAUAAUACUGACUGAAUUGCAAAAGGACUUGACCGAUAUCGCACUGAAUGAGUACGGAAGACGCGUUAUAUUGUAUCUCGUGGCUAGGAGGGACUCUCAUUACUUCCCGCCAAAUGUCGUGGAAUACUUGCGCCAGGGAGAUAACAAUUCUACAAGUAAGAAGCCAGUCGACGUCCGGGAAAAGGAGCUCCUUGAGGCGAUCAAAGAUUCGCUUCUCACGGCCAUAACAAUAGACGCAGCAACGUGGUUAUCCAACAGUGCCAUAGCUAUGGUUACCUUGGCAAUAUUGAAAGUGGGAUCCGGGGAAAAAUUACCCGCCGCGUUCGAAUCGAUCGCGAAGUUUAUCAGCAAGGUAGAUUUAAAGAUCGAGCAUGGUGAUGCCGAAUGUAGCGCGGUCGAGCAUCCAGGUUUACAUAUGAUGUUGAAAAAGCUUAUUCAGAAUGAUAAAGAGUUACUGAAGAUGAAUGAAUCUACGUUUGGAGAGAUACUGACAUCGCAUUUAACGGCGGAAGUUUUAAAAAAAUGGAUAAAAUUUAACAGAGCCUGUUUCCUAUUAGUCCUCCUCACAGAAAACGAAUCUGAGAAGAUGAUAUCCAUGUUGGUUACCAAAUUAAAACCUCUAGUGCAGAGACUUAAAUUAGAAAAGAGUUCUGGAGCAUCGAUAUUAUUGAAAAAAAUAAUUUAAUUUUAAGUCUUAUAGCGUUAAAAAUAAAAAUGUUUGGAA